AUGGUAUCAUUCUACAACAGCUCAGGAACCCAGGUGACCGAAUUCCUGAUGAUCUGCUUCCCAGGAAUGCAGGACACACAGCAAUGGCUAUCUAUUGUCCUGGCUCCUCUCCUGGUUUUGGCCCUUGGGGCCAACUUUGUGUUAUUACUCACCAUCUGGCAGGAGGUACUUCUGCAUGAGCCCAUGUACUACCUGCUAGCCAUCCUCUCUGUGCUGGACGUCAUCCUCUGCCUCACAGUCAUUCCUAAGGUCCUGCUCAUCUUCUGGUUCAACAUGAAGCCCAUCAGCUUUGUGGGCUGCUUCCUGCAGAUGUUCAUCAUGAAUACCUUCCUUCCCAUGGAAUCCUCCACCUUUCUGGUCAUGGCCUAUGACCGCUAUGUGGCCAUCUGCCAUCCACUGCGAUACCCAUCCAUCAUCACUGAACAAUUUGUCAUGAAUGCAGCUAUCUUCAUUGUCUUCCGCAAUCUACUAGCCACAAUGCCCACUCCAGUCCUGGCUGCGAGGCUCAACUACUGUGCCAGCAAUGUGGUAGAGAACUGUAUCUGUGCCAACAUUUCUGUAGCAAAGCUGUCCUGUGGAGAUAUUCGCCUAAAUAAGCUCUACCAGUUUGUGAGUGUUUGGUGCCUACUAGGUUCUGACCUGGUACUCAUCUUGCUAUCUUACUGCUUCAUACUGAGGGCUGUUAUGCACCUGAAGUCAGGGGGUGCAGCCACCAAGGCUUUGAGUACUUGUGGUUCCCAUCUUAUUCUCAUACUUUUCUUCUAUACCUUACUACUAGUCUUCAUCUUCACAAACAAGGCAGGAAAGAACAUACCCUCAGAGGUACCCAUUCUUCUCAAUGUCCUGCACCACCUCAUCCCACCAGCCCUCAACCCCAUCGUUUAUGGAGUACGAACCCAGGAAAUCAAGCAGGGAAUUAUCAGGCUAUUCAAGUACCAGCGCUGA